AUGUCGCUCAGCCUGGAGCCGCUGGUGUCCGCCAUGUUGGAGGAGUUCAAGGACAAGGUGCUGACAGAGACCCGAGCUCAGGAGGCUGCUGGAGGAGCAGCUGAGAGGACGGCAGCGGGACUCCGCCCCCCUGAAGGAGACGCUCCUACAGCUGAAACCGGCCAAUCGGAGCGGACUCCUCCGGCGGACGGCAGCCCGACCUUCAGCUGCAGCAGCUUCUCCGGACGGACCGACCUGAGCGGCAGCGUCAGAGUCCGCCUGCUCACCGUGCACGGCGAGCGGCGGCCGCGCAGCUGCGCUCACUGCGGGAAGGUGUUCGGCACCCGCAGCCACCUCCGGACGCACCAGACGUCUGGCCGGACGCACGCGUGUUCGGCCUGCGGCGAGACGCUGGCGGCGAGGUGCUGCCUCCGAGAGCACAGACUGACCUGCCGGAGACGAGAGGAGAAGUUCAGGUGCGCGGAGUGCGGGAAGGAGUUCGGCAGACGCAGCUACCUGUCCGCACACCAGAGGGUCCACCUGCAGGACAAACCCUUCAAAUGCCCCACCUGUCAGAAAGGCUUCACCACGCGCCGCAGCGUCCACGUCCACCAGCUGACCGUCCACCGAGGGCUGCGCCCGUUCACCUGCAGCGUCUGCAGGAAGGCGUUCAGCCAGCAGAGCGGCCUCAGAGCUCACCUGAGGACGCACACGGGCGAGCGGCCGCACACCUGCGAGCAGUGCGGGAACAGCUUCUCCAGCAGGAGCAGCCUGACGGUCCACCGCCGCGUCCACACCGGCGAGAAGGCGUUCAGCUGCGACACCUGCGGGAAGAGCUUCAGCGUGUCGGCCAACCUGCGCCGCCACCGGCUCGUCCACUCGGGCCGCCGCGCGUUCAGCUGCGACGUGUGCGGCCGCGGCUUCACGCAGGCCGCACACCUGAAGGUGCACCGCACCGUGCACAGCGGCGAGUGGGCGUUCAUCUGCAACGCCUGCGGGAAGGGCUUCAGGCAGCGCAGCGCCCUGCAGGUGCACGAGCGCAGCCACGCCGGCAUCAAACCGCACGGCUGCAGCGAGUGCGGAAAAAACUUCUCCUCGUCCGCGUCGCUGAAGCGCCACCGGCUGGCCCACGGCGGGCAGAGGGCGCACACCUGCGAGGAGUGCGGGAAGAGCUUCACCAGCGCCCAGGUCCUGAAGACUCACCUGCGGCUGCACGCCGGCGGCAAGCCGUUCUCCUGCGACGUGUGCGGGCGCGGCUACAGCUCGCAGAGCUACCUGAAGAUGCACCGCCGCAGCCACUCGGAGGGGAAGCCCUUCAGCUGCGCUCGGUGUCAGAAGACCUUCUCCACGCAGGCGAGCGCCAAGCUGCACGAGCGCACGCACAGCGGCGAGAAGCCGUACGUGUGCGAGGUCUGCGGGAAGAGCUUCAGCGUGUCGCAGAACCUCGUCAGACACAAACGCGUCCACAGCGGAGAGAAGCCGUUUGAGUGCGGCGUCUGCGGGAGGAAGUUCAGCCAGAACAGCAACCUGAAGACUCACCUGCUGGUGCACACGGGACACAAGGCCUUCAGCUGCUCCGCCUGCAGCCGUCGCUUCUCCUCCACCCGCAGCCUGCGCCAGCACAGGUGCGCCUCCGCCGGCACGCCGGGAACAGGACGCGCGGGACAAGGUGUCCCACGCGGAUCAGAGCUGACGUGA